CAACUCCUCCUCCUCCGUUCAAUUCGUGGCUCUACCCUUCUCUCCGUUUUCUCCUCUCCCUCUUCAGCGGAGUCUCCAGUCAGAAUUGGAGGAGUCUUUUUUUUUUCUGAAUGCAAUAAGCUCUGAGGAGGGAUCCACAGACACAUGAUUUUUGUGAUCUUAUCUUUCCGAAAAUGAGGCGAAAAGCUCCUAAGCGGGUCAUCACAGAUAGCCGGCAACUAUCUGGCUCCCCAGGCAAGACUUAAAGCUUUGACUUUUGGUAUGCGGUUAGAAUUCAAACCUCGGUUCAGCAUUCAGUCGAGCAGCAGCAACAGCAGCAGAAGUAACAGCCGCACACACAUGCAAACUGAGGCAGAGAGAAAACUAUGAAAAAGAUAUAUAUUGGCAAAACAGCCCUGAAAAGCCAGAGAAAUGGAUGCAAACAUCCAAAAAGAAGCUCUUUCCACGACCACAAGGACGACCUCCGCAAGCGCCUGUCGUUCACCACACACAAACUAGAGAUGGUCGAGACGGAGUUCGACUCCACCCGGCAGUACCUGGAGACGGAGCUGCGGCGCGCCCAGGAGGAGCUGGAGAAAUUCACAGAGAAGCUGCGCAGGAUCCAAAGUAGUUACUCGUCUCUUCAGAGGAUCAACCAGGAUUUAGAGGACAAGAUGUGCAGGACGUCUCAGCACCAUGAGGAGGAAAAGCGAGCGCUCAGCCGGGAAAUCAUUGUUCUCAACAAUCACCUCAUGGAGGCAAAGAUCACCAUCAACAAACUCAGAGAGGACAAUGACCUGUACAGGAAAGACUGCAACCUGGCCGCCCAGCUGCUGCAGUGCUCCAAGUCUCACUACAGAGCUCACAAGUCAUCUGAGCUGCCGCUGGACUUCCAGGAACGCAUCAGCUCCUACAUGGAGAAACAUAGCCGGGGUAGAGGAGCCACCAUAGCAAUGUGUCACCCUAACUACCCUGAAGAAGUGCCCACAGCUGUAAUUGCCAAGGUCCUGGAAAAGCCUGAACCUGGAAGAGAUUCCCCUGUAACAUGCCCCACAAGCUCCCACGUUCAGGAUGGAGACUUUCUAAUAGGAACAGGAAGCAACGAUCACCUGAACCGCCGCAUUUCGUACAAGACAUCGGACCUGUACUGCAGCGACACGGCCCUGUAUUGUCCUGAGCGAUGGCAAGACACAGAACGCAGGCAAAGCGUUGACCUCCAUGGCACUGCCCUGCUUCAGCUGCACGCCCAGACCUCCUUAGAGAGCAACCCAGAUGAUGAUCCUUUCCAGUCCGGCAGCUUCUCCCACCAUGACCCCCCAGCGUCUUUCCACCACCAUGACGAGUUUGGCACUGGCAGCUUCCCGGCCUCGAGUUCAUACUCCAGCUUCAGCCUCGCAUCGGAUGAGAAGGGAGCAGUUAGCGGUGGCUGUGGGCGCACUGCCAGCAGCACCUUAUCCUCGUCCCACCAGGGUCUUUACAUAGAUUGGCGAGAUGGUGGCAGCGGGGACUAUGAGCGCAAGAGCUUGUCUUCGUAUGACAAAGAAGUUCCCGGGUUCUCCAAGUCACACAGCAUUCAGCAUAUGGUGACCACUAGGAGUCCCCAGAAGGAUACGUCACCGUCGUACACAAGGACAGCUUCGUGCUUCAGUGAACCAUACCACUCGAGCUCCCCUCGCCUCGCCUCAUCCCGCAGCAUGGGGUCUACAACUGGACUGGGCCAGGCUGAAGGUGGAGCUUUGGAUAGCCGAAAUGAUGUACCUGAGGAUGACUUGAGUGUCCGCUGGAAACAGCUCAGCGUGGAGGACAUCCACACUUUCUCGUCUUAUCGCAACAUUGCAGGGCGGAUCUCGCCAUACAGCUUCUCUGAGCGACAGUUUGCAAUGGGCCCUUCCAGUAAACUCAAAGAGUCUCUCUACAGCAGCUUCCAAGAAGGAGAUGACGUCUUCCACAGCCACGUGCUUGACCAGUGUUUUUCUAUGGGCUCCCUUUCACCCAGCCACAAUCCGAAACCCAAGGAGCAUCGCAAGUCAGAGAAAACCUCUGGGCUGUACCGAGCCAAGAAUGACAGUCAAGACUCCGAGGGAAGUCUGUUCCUCUCAGGAAGCUCUAAAGACAAGGAAAGCAGUGGGGCCGCAACAACUGCGAACAGUGCAAAGAAGGACUACGUAAACCUGAGCGUGGACAGCUCGGCCGAGUCCUUACACCACAGCUCACUGGAAGCCUCGAGUCUUCAGCACUACCCGGCGCCGAGGCCAACGAUCCGUCCUCGCCCGAGUUCCAGUUCCGCUCUCACCUGUAGGCCCCGCGCUCCCGAAGAAGACUUCUCCAAGGUACCAAAAAUUUGGGAGCACAGGAUUGACAAGGAAGGACAGCUUGACCAAGGCACAGCUCUACGGUACGCUCUUGAACUGAGUGUGGAAGAGAGGCUUCAGUUUAUGCAUGCCAAUGACGAUGAGUCCAUACUGUACUGCACUGUAUGUCUCCCCUAAAGCAAACACAUUCGUGUGAUAAGGUGUUAAGCUGUUGUCCCUUUUUGUAUCUUAGCCAAGGCACGCUUCAUGCAGUCUCUAACAUGUUUUCUAUUGUGCAUCUUGAUACACUGUAGCAACCAGAUAUACCAGCUGUAAAGAAGUUUUAUUCGUAAUUUCUUUUCCAGGAAUGGCCACCAGUAUGCUGCUAGCACAGUGAGGAGCUAAACACCAACUCCCGUUUAAAGGGCCUAUAUUACCAACAAUAUCAUCAAAAACUCUCAUUUAAAACACUAAAACUGGCACAAAUCAGAGAGGAACUGUAACUUCUGCUUCCUUGAUGUGCAGAGGCAUGCGUCUGCAUGCUAUAAUUGUGCAAGACUCACUUUUCUCCACAUAAUUAAUGUUUUGCUGGGGAGAGGUUACCUACACUGCAGUAGUAACGCUUUCAAAACGACACUGUCUGUCAUGCUACUUGAGGUCUUUGAGUUUUUAAGAUAAUACUGCACAUAUGGAAGAUAAAAUACUUGUAAACAACCAAACAGCAGCUUCAGACACUCUCCUCCCUCCUUCAUUUGGCUCAGACAUGAAGAAAAGUACAAACAGAAAGAAAGUGAUCUGCAGACAUCAGCAGAUGUUUUGUAAUGAAAAAUGACACAAAAUUGAUUUUAAAAGAAAGUAUUUUCUUACCUGAGUAACAUUAUGCUCACAAACAACACGCAGUCGUUUGUGAGCAUAAUGUGUCAGAAACUGAUCUGAUUGGUCAGUGGUUGUUUUCCAACAGAGGAGACUGUUUUAAAGGGUGAGAAGCAGUCCAGUUGAUUUAUUUGUUUCAUACUUUAUGCCUUUUAUGAUGAUAAUGGACAACAUGUGUUAUGCAGUGUCUUAUUUAAUCAUGUUAGCAAGAGAUCUAUGGUGUGUUGUACACUGUGCUGACUGUAAGCUGUUAAAAAUCUUUAUUUUGUCAUAAACAAAUAAUGCAUGUUUCAUUAAACAAAAAGAAAAGCUGAAUUAGUUUGCACAGGCACAUUAUCAGAAAGUACAAUAAGUAUUUUUUUAAGUCUGCUUUAUUUGGCAUUUAAUUUUUAUACAUAAAAAAACAUUUAUUCUCCUUCAGGCAACAUUUAAAACUUGAAUACUGAGAUAAUUAAUUAAUUGUCUUAUAUGUGAAUAAAUAGAUGAUAGGAUAAAAAUAAAGUUAAAAAUGCACUAGUGAAACAAUUUAUCGAUUCAUUAGAAAUAACUGUAAAGUGCAGUGGAAACAAGAAGUUUAGGUACACUGAAGAAAA